UCAGCCUGGAAAUGUACACCCCAGUAGCCUGUGUGAUUAUGGGAAUGCCUGGUGACGAAUGAGAAGUGCCCAGCCCAGGGGCAGCACAACGAAGUGCCUCAGCUAGAAGAAUGAUUAAAACUGGAGGCCCCUAACUUCAGAUGAGGAACUUGGGACACAUGACCAGCCCCAGGCCAUUUAGCCUCCAGGUCAGUCCCCAGUCCCUAAGCAGCCUAAUGCCAGCUUGCAAUGGGUAACCAGUAUGAUAUGAAAUUUUACCUCUACACGGGUUUGGGACUCGCGGGGCUACUGCUCCUGGCCAUGGUCAUUCUGUCUGCCUGUCUGUGUCGGCUUCAUAGGAGAGUGAAACGGCUGGCGCGGAGCUGGGCCCAGGCCCAGCUGUCAGCAGAGCCAGAGCUGCACUACGCGUCUCUGCAGAGGCUGCCUGUGCAAAGUGCAAAGGGUACUGACCUUGGCCAUGGAGAAGAAAAAAGCAUCAAGGAGGACCCCAGUGCUGACUACGCCUGCAUCGCUAAAAGCAAGCCCACCUGAGCACUCACUCAUACCCCUAGGACACCUGCCUCACCCCCAGCAAGUGAGCAGAACCACCCUGAGGUUCUCCCAGUAAAGAGUAUGAUCAUGUCA